AUGCUCGUUUCCGGUCGCGGCAGCAUCGCACAGGUGCAAUACACUGGCGACGAAGCUGCGGCGGAGAUCAAAAAGCUCCUCGAUACAGUUGUUGCUGCUGAAGAUGAAUUUGAGCACUGGGAAGCCCUCGUAACUCGCGUUUCGGACCUCGAGGGAGGUGUCACCCGCAAUUCCAGCCCUUCCGUCAUCGAACUCCUUCGCAACGUCUUCGACUGCUUCCUUGCGAAGUUCCCUCUAUUCUUCGGAUACUGGAAGAAAUAUGCCGAUCUGGAGUUCUCCAUUGGUGGGACCGAGACAGCUGAAAUGGUCUAUGAGCGCGGAAUAUCUUCCAUUCCUGUCUCCGUUGACUUGUGGACACAUUACUGCCACUUCAAGUUGGAUACAUGCCAUGAUAACGACAUCAUCCGAGAUCUCUUCGAACGUGGCACCCACUUCGUGGGCAUGGACUUCCAAUCCGGCCCGUUCUGGGACAAAUACAUCGAAUUCGAGGAGAGAAUCAAUGAAGCGUCGAACGUAACCAAGCUAUACGCCCGUGUCUUCCAGAUUCCUUCGUUCAAUUUCGGCCGUUACUAUGAAAAGUUCCGUGCUCGCAUAGGCAUACAGCCUGUUGAAGAGCUCGUCGAACCAGAGGUUUUGGUGAAGAUGACCAGCGAUGUUCGAUCAGAAGAACCAGGCCUGCCAGAACUGGAGGUGGAGCGAUCACUGCGCACCAAGAUCGAUGCACACUACUACCAGGCUUACACUCUUGUACAAAAUGAGUCAACCAAACGCUGGACAUUUGAAUCAAACAUCAAGCGGGGUUACUUUCACGUGACGGAGGUCGAAGAAGCCGACUUAGCCAAUUGGCGCAAAUACUUGGAGUUUGAGGAAUCCGAAGGUGACUUCAAACGCGUCGCUUUCCUCUACGAACGCUGUCUGGUUUCAUGCGCACUCUACGACGAGUUCUGGCUACGCUACGCCCGAUGGAUGUUUGGACAAAGCAAAGGCGAUGAGUUCUGCGAGAAGAGGGACGAGGAUACUCGUCUCAUUUACAUGAGAGCAAGCUGCAUUUUUGUUCCUAUCGAUCGUCCUACCAUUCGUCUACACUGGGCCAGAUUCGAGGAGAAACUCGAGCGCACCCAGGUUGCUCGCGACAUCCACUCUGCGAUUCUAGAUCAAGUACCCAACCACGUCGAGACUCUCGUCUCAUUCGCAGGUCUUGAAAGGCGGCAAACCGGCAACGAGGCGGCUAUUGAGCUCCUCGGCACCUACAUCGAACAGCGAGACAUUGAAAUAUCUAGCCAACUCCUCGCAGAACAAGCCCGCAUUCUCUGGCAGUGUAGCAAUGACGCUGCACGAGCAAGACAACUUUUCAAAGACAACUAUGAGAAAUUUGUCAGCUCACAGGCUUUCUGGAUCAAUUACUUGAAAUUCGAAAUCAGCCAGCCUUUCCAAGGUGAAGACGAGGCUCACACUCGGAUCAAAGCAGUACACGACUUAAUGCGCAGCAAAGCGCAACUCAGCCCCGAAGCUCUGAAGGACCUUUCUUCAUAUUACAUGGAGUACCUUCUCGAUCGCGGUGGCAAAGAAGCAGCUCACGAAUACAUGCUUCUCGACAGGGGAGUCAACGGGUAUGUUGCAUCUACCCCAGAUGUCCCUUCCCCCCUUCUCCCCCUCCCCAAGAGCUCUUAG